AUGUCAUCCUUACGGAAUUCAAUUCAGCGGCGCCCCCAUCGGGAGCGCGCGCAACCCCUCGAGCGCCGCCGCCUCGGUCUCCUGGAGAAGCACAAGGACUACUCCCAACGCGCAAAAGACUACAACCAGAAAAAAGCCACGCUCAAGGCCCUCCGCGAAAAGGCCGCCGACCGCAACGAGGAUGAGUUCUACUUCGGCAUGAUGUCCCGCAAAGGGCCCGGCGCCAAGAUCACGUCCGGCAAGUCCUGGAACGGCCGCGUCGAGGGCGACCGCGGCAACAACAAGGGCAUGGACAUGGACACGGUGCGGCUGCUCAAGACGCAGGACCUGGGGUACGUGCGCACGAUGAAGCAGGUCGCCGUCAAGGAGCUGGCGAGGCUGGAGGAGCAGGCUGUGCUCGUCAAGGGGCUGGAGGAUUUGGCUGCUGAAGAGGCGGCGGAUGAUGACGAUGAGGAUCUUGAUGAUUCGGAGGAAGAAGAGAGCUCGUCGAGGAGGCGGCGGCGAUCAGGCGCAAAGGGCCCCCGGAAAAUCGUCUUCAUGGACAACGAAGACGAACGAGAAGAAGCCCUACAAGCGGCAGCCGAAAGUCAAGGCCCCACAAGAGAAGACCAGCAAGCGGCCUUUGAACGGUCUGAGAACCUCGUCGAGCUGAAGCGGAAACUGCAACAUGCGCGCAAGAAGGUCAAGUCGCUCACGAUGGCAGAGAGCCAGCUCGAGGUCCAGCAGGCAAAGAUGGCCAAGACAGCGACUUCGGGCGGGACGACGAGGAGGGGGAAGAAGAUUAUGGUCAGGAAGAGGAAGAGGUAG